CUCCUCCUCCUCGCUACCUUGUCCCCGUCUAUCCAUCUAUUCUCGCUGCAUUCGUUCCGCCCAUCCCGUGUGUGUGUGCGUUUGUGUGUGUGUGUGUCUGUGUGUGUUCCACAUCCCGCCCAUCGUCACAGCUCCGCCUCCCCCUUGGACUUCCACCUCUCUUCGGCCUACAGCGCGCAAACCUCCCUCUGCACUCGUUCUGUUGCGAAGCCCGGCACCGCAACAUCUCCGCAACUUGACAAUCAACCUUUAAUCUUUCGGGCCAGCACCCUCACCCUGAUCUCGCUCGCGCCUUGUCCCGUACGGACGGCGGCACAGCAACUUCCCCGUUUGGGCCUACCCAUGCAGAACUUUGCAAACAGCAGCGAUGCUGCUCCCCAGCGGCCCUCCUCUCAGUCCUCGCAGACGACUGCGCCGGCCAAACCCGCUGGAGCUCCCCCGAAGCCGCAUCCGAAUGGCAUGACCGACGUCAAGCCCCGCCUUACCAAGGAGCAGCAUGACAUUCUGGAGAAGCAUUUCCAGCAGCAGCACAAGCCGAGCACCAAUACCAAGAGGGGUUUCGCAGAUAACCUCGGUGUGCCCCUAGACAAGAUCAAUAAUUGGUUCCAGAACCGGAGAGCAAAGGUCAAGCAGGACUUCAAGAAACAGAUGAACCAGUACAAUAUGAGCAUGGGUAUCUAUAGCCAACAGACCAUGCCGAUGAUGUCGUCACAAUUCCCCCCGCACGGAGACCAUCAGCAAUCUCAUCUGUCAAUCCCCCACGAUUACUACCCCGUUUCGGCCGACCUUAGCCCCGCUAGCAUGCCUGUGCAGAGUGUUGAAGGCCCAUCCGUAUUGGACUUGGGCGCUCAAAUGUCCCUUCAGCAGCCGCAUUACGACAUUCACCAUUCCCUGCGCUCCAUCCCGGAGGCCGAUCGCGCGACCGCGUACAACAAUCCCAAUGCCGUGAUGCACUCGUUCAUGGCGGCCACAGCCGGUGCGCCGUAUAUGCAGAACCCAGCCACUCUUCCUCCUCAGGACCCUGGCUUGCCAUACGAUCCAUCGUCUAAUAUUGUCGACGGCCUGCCUGGAGACAUGGGUUAUCCAAUGCCGUCCUCCCUCGAUCCCAAUGCUGCACCUUCUCAUGCCCCUCUCCAAUUCACAGAAUUCGGCAUCGACUUUGCGGAUUUGCAAAACAAUGCUGGCGAGAUUUCGGACGGGGCAUCCCCAUUUUCGGGCGCUCACUCAAACGCAACGACACAAUCCUCGGGUGUUCCAAAUGCACCGUCGGUUGCCUCGAUUACCUCAAUGUACUCUGGAUGGACCGACGAGCAGAAGGGCAAUCAAAAUAACAAACUGAGCCAUGAGCCUGAGGAUGUGUUUGAUUCUCCUUAUAAUCUUCCGCAAGCGUCGGUCUCUGACGCUGGGCUUUUCUCUUGGAGUCAAAACGGGCCAAAUCCGCCAUUCCAGCAAAGAGAUAUGUAUCAGCACUCCAACACGUCUGCGCAUGCCGUUCUCUCUUCUCCCGGCCAACACGAGCGCACAGUCAGCGCAGGUCCUUCAGAGUUCGAAAGCCCCAUGUUUGGCGACGAUGGUUUCCCAAGGAGGAAUUCUUCAACCAGCAACUUGGCUAGUAACAUUGAGGCGAUCAACAUUCAGAACCGUACGCCUGACCAGUUCGAGCAUCCCGACCAGGCUUCCAGCAUCGCUGCGCGUAGACAGCAGAGACCGACCGCUCUCAACUCCAGCACAUUAAGGAGUGCAUCUUACACUAGCGGUAUGCCAUCGCCAGGGAACAAUGGUGACCACACUUUGAGGAGGAUUCGUUCUGGCGGAUUCUCUGGUGUUUCGGGCCGCGUGCAGAAACCCAGCUCUGGAUCUGCUCAGCGCUCCCCCAUGUCUAUGACAUUCACCGAGGCCGCUUCCUCACCCAAAUUCGCCCGAGCAUUUUCUGCUUCCAGCAAUACCACUGUUGGCGGUACCCAGGGCAGUGGAAGUUUAGCGCCUCCGACACCUCAAACACCGAACGAGACGCCUCGCUUCCCAUACUGGCAGAGCAAUACCGUCCUCCGGAAUCACCCGACCAUGCCCGACCACAGUAGCCCUGAAAGCCUCAAUGCGAAUUGGUCAAUGGAGCCUCCUUCAGCUGGAAACUAUUCCAGCGGUACCUCACCUCCUUCAACGCCUCUGGAUCUAGCGCAAAUGAACCAAGCGAGGCUCACGCAGGAUGGUCUGUAUCAUGAUACGCCUCCGCAGUCGGCGCCGGCUGCGCAACAAGGCUUUCCCCGCACAAACAUGAUGCAGCCACCGCAGAUGAGAGCCGGAUUCCACUCUUCCACGGACCUCACAAUCGCACAGCCUAAACCCUCGCAUUUCAGGAGGCCAUCGCUGCCUGAGCCUAGGCAGGAGCAAACGGAUAAUUCCAGCAUGAUGUAUAGUGGUGGGUUUGGCAACCUCAGCUACGACGAUUUCCGCGAUGUCUCCCUUACCGGCAUUACCCACAACGUACCUUUUGCCCCUCCCGUUUCGGCCAUGCCAGACUUCCUCGUUCAUCAAUAUGCUCCUCCCUCGGGUUCCGGCCCUAACGGGGUCUAUGCGCGGCGUCCAAACGAGCCGCAAACGAAGAACUUUAUUUUCGCAAACCAGGGUCCAAGCGACUUCCGCUCUUAA